AGUUUCGCAUCAUCAUCGUUUGUUGUUUCGACACUGAGAAAAACCCUAAACAUUUUACCGGCGAGAGAUGAGUAUCAUCCGUAACGCGAUCCGAUCGAGUUUGAGCCUCCGGACGUUGGAUCCGGCGAUCAGUCGUAGCUCUCUUCCAUUUCUUCAGGAAUCGCGGAAACGUCUAUCUACCGUCACAGAGCAGCCUCCUCCUCCUUCCUCUCCGUUACCACCACCGCCUCCGGGAGGUUCCACGGUUGAAGGAGGAGUAAAGAAGCCUGCAGGAGAAGGGAAGUCGUAUGGGAAGUUUUCAGGCUUCUCAAAACAUACGCUGAAGAGUGAUGUGAUGAGCGUACUUGAAGGAUGCAAUGUGACACCUGAUGAUCUCAGAUUCAGCUACAUGCGUGGUGGUAACUUGAAUCCUUCUGGAGUUUAUGUGCAAUUCUCUUCCCGUUCAUCUUAUGAUAAUGCAAUGCGAGCGAUUGCGAAGAAGGGAAGGCUAUAUAGAUUAGAAAGGGCUACUCAGUCUCAGUGGGAUCCCGUUGUUCCUUAUGAAGGCAAAGUGGUUGCGCUACAUGGACUUCCGCCGAAUGCUAUAAUAGAAGACAUUGAUAGGUUCUUAUCCGGCUGUCUCUAUCAUCCUGGAUCCAUCCAGUUCCUCACCAUUCAAGGACUCGGAAGUCCUAAGAGGGUGGCACUGGUGCGUUUCACUUCACAGACCCAGGCGAUGAAUGCAUACAUUACGAAGAACAGGAACUUCCUUCUCAACCAACGAAUCACGUUGCAAGUUCUGCAGUAAUUUCUUAGUUGGUGUAUUCCGAUGGCAAGAAAUUCUGUGUCUUUCCUGUUUGGAUGGUCUAUGUCAGUUUGCUCCUCUGAGAUUUUAUCUGCAAACUCCAUGGUUCUGAAAUUUAGUUGGUGUCUGUUUUCUCCGGUUCAGUUGGAUGUUCACAAAUAAAAAAAAAUCUUGGUGUCUAAGCAGAUUACAGCUACUGCAUGUGAUUGUUUUUUUUUUCGUCCUUGUAUUUGACCAACUUUGGAUGCCCAUGUGAUGAAGUGAUCCAGCUUGCUUUUAGAAAGUGAA